CCUAUCAACAAUACAGAGCGAUUGCCUCGCGCGCCACAUUCCUCCUGCCCCGCCCCGCCCCCGCCUCAGCCAGAGGAGGCGGAGCGCUGAUUGACGGGCCACCUUUCCCUCGGCAGCGCGCUGUUGCUGCCGCCGCUGUGUCAAGCGCGCGCCUGCCCGCCGCUUUCCUGCCGAGAGCUGCUGCCUCGCGCCGUCUCAUGCCCUUUUCCAGACACUGUUUUCUCCACGGCUUUUAUCUACAUCUCUCGCUGUCUGUCGUCGCGUGUGUGCGUGCGGUGGCUACGGCUGCUCUAGCCGCCUAAAAUGACUACUGUUUAAGUGCCAUAGAAUAAAUGGCGUCCAAAGUAACAGAUGCUAUAGUCUGGUACCAGAAAAAGAUUGGGGCAUAUGACCAGCAAAUAUGGGAAAAAUCUGUAGAACAAAGAGAAAUCAAGGGUUUGAAGAACAAACCAAAGAAAACUGGACAUGUGAAGCCAGAUCUCAUAGAUGUUGAUCUUGUAAGAGGCUCUGCCUUUGCUAAAGCUAAACCUGAAAGUCCAUGGACCUCUCUGACUCGAAAGGGAAUUGUUAGAGUUGUUUUCUUCCCAUUCUUCUUCAGGUGGUGGUUACAAGUGACAUCAAAGCUUAUUUUCUUCUGGCUCCUUGUUCUAUAUCUUCUCCAAGUUGCUGCAGUAGUAUUAUUCUAUACAAUAGAAGGCCCACAUAAUAUACCUCUGACUGAAGUAAUAGGGCCAGUAUGGCUCAUGUUACUCCUUGGAACUGUGCAUUGCCAGAUUGUCUCCACAAGAACACCUAAACCACCUCCAAGUACAGGAGGGAGAAGGCGAAGGAAAUUAAGGAAAGCAGCACAUUUGGAAGUACAUAGGGAAGGAGAUGGCUCUAGUACCACAGAUAACACACAGGAAGGAACAGUGCAGACCUACGGUACAAGCACAUCUUACAGUAUUGGUGCUGUCUUCAGAGAUAUCUGGCAUGCCGCUUUCUUUUUAUCAGGAGCAAAGAAAGCAAAGAAUUCAAUAGAUAAGUCAACAGAGACUGACAAUGGGUACGUCUCCCUUGAUGGAAAAAAGACAGGUAAAUGCAAUGAAGACAGUUUACAAUCCCAGGAGCCGCACAGUGACAUUAUCCGAUCAGAAGAGAUGUGCUGGGGCGCAGGGACAGUCAGAAAUCCAUACCACCACCCUAACCAUCACAAAGAUACGAACAGAACAGUGACAAAUGUGUCUGAUGAAGUGUCAAGUGAGGAAGGGCCAGAUACUGGAUAUCACUUGCGCCGUAAUGCAGAACGUGUUUCCAGUGACUGUGUAUUUCGAAACAGAAAAUCCCAUCAUUAUAAGAAACAUUAUCCUGUAGAGGAUGUUCCUAAAUCGGGCACUAGUUGCAGUUCUCGAUGUUCAAGUUCCAGACAAGAUUCUGAGAGCACAAGGCCAGAGUCUGAGACGGAAGAUGUGUUGUGGGAGGACCUUUUGCAUUGUGCAGAGUGCCGUUCAUCCUGUAGCAGUGAAACAGAUGUGGAAAACUCUCAAGUAAAUUGUAUGAAAAAGGAGUAUAGAGAUGACCCAUUUCAUCAGAGCCACUUGCCCUGGUUCCAUAGUUCUAACCCUGGGCUGGAAAAAGUGAGUGCUAUUGUUUGGGAAGGUAAUGACUGCAAAAAAGCUGAUAUGUCAGUGCUUGAAAUCAGUGGCAUGAUCAUGAACAGAGUGAAUAGCUAUAUACCAGGAAUAGGAUAUCAGAUUUUGGGGAAUGUUGUGUCUCUAAUCCUUGGCUUAACACCAUUUGUAUUUCGACUUUCUCAAGCUAAGGAUUUGGAGCAUCUAGCUACACAUUCUGCUAUUGAACUUUAUACUAUUGCAUUUGGGUCAAAUGGAGGCAUAAUGGUUCUUUCCAUGGUUAUGAUAUGCUUCAUAGUUCGUGUAUCCCUUGUAUGGAUUUUCUUUUUUCUCUUAUGUGUGGCUGAGAGAACCUACAAACAGAGGCUACUCUUUGCCAAACUCUUUGGUCACUUAACAUCUGCAAGAAGGGCACGAAAGUCUGAGGUCCCUCACUUCCGAUUAAAAAAGGUGCAAAAUAUUAAGAUGUGGCUUUCCCUUCGCUCCUACUUGAAGCGACGAGGUCCUCAGCGGUCAGUUGAUGUAAUAGUCUCAUCUGCUUUUUUGUUGACUAUUUCAGUUGUAUUUAUCUGCUGUGCACAGUUGCAUCAUGUGCAUGAGAUCUUUCUUGAUUGUCACUACAAUUGGGAACUAGUGAUUUGGUGCAUUUCAUUAACUCUAUUUCUUCUAAGAUUUGUUACACUUGGAUCUGAAACAAGUAAAAAAUACAGCAAUACCUCAAUAUUACUUACUGAACAGAUAAAUCUGUACUUGAAAAUGGAAAAGAAACCGAACAAGAAGGAAGAACUGACAUUAGUAAACAAUGUUUUAAAACUUGCUACAAAAUUACUCAAGGAAUUGGACAGUCCCUUCAGGUUAUAUGGAUUGACAAUGAAUCCUCUGCUUUAUAACAUCACUCAAGUUGUCAUUCUCUCUGCUGUUUCUGGUGUCAUCAGUGACUUGCUUGGAUUUAAUCUAAAGCUCUGGAAGAUCAAAUCCUGACACUUUGCAAAAAGAAACUGGCACAACCCUCUGGAAACAAGAGCCGAUAAGACUAUGCUGCCUCUCAAGCAGUCACUGAUUCCUUAUUUCAGAUGUUAACGAUUUCUUCAAGGAUAUCGUUUGGGGGAAAACUGAAGUGUUUACAUCUGACUGUCUUUGUGCAAUCUUUAUAUUUAUUUUAUCUUUUUAUUUUUUGUAAACUUUAUUUUAGCAGACAUUGUAUUUUAUUUUGAAACAUGAAUAUGCUUUGGUAAUUGAAAGGGUCAAAAAUUGAGAUCCAGAUACUUGAGAUCCUGGUAAUUGAUCACACUAAAUUGCUCAAAUAACAACUGUGCUUCAUCUGUUGUGAAAGUUAAAGCCCUAAUGCUAGGCUUUUAUACUUCAACAAUGUCAUGCUGAAGUCACUUUAUUGAACAUGAACUAUAAAAUGUUUAGAACAUUUUAUUGUGUUCCAUCCUUUCAGGGGUAGUUUCAGAGCACCAGCAUAUUGUUGGUUACAGUAGAAAGUGACAUUUACUGUAAUGACAAUGCAUAGGCCAGGUAGCUACAAAAUUUUUAUAUAUAGAAAUGUAAAUGUUAGAGCCAGCAGGUUUCUUACCACCAGGAUCUUAACCAGGAUCCUAAACACAUUGAUCUGAAGUUUAAGCAUCCACUUAAUAUUAAUAAGGUAUUACAUAACAGGUCAAUAAGUGCUCUUUGAUAACAUUUUUAUUAGAGCAAUAACUGUAAGCUGUUAACAUGUCUAAAAUAUGUUUUGAUAAAUAUUAGCUAUGGUAUUUAUUUCAAACACUGGGCUGUUUGCACAGCUCUGACUGUGCCGCUCAAUAUGUGCACUUUUAUUUUUUACUUUAAUUAUCUUUAUAUAUACUAAAUAGAAUAUAUUAUGGUGGACUGUGGUGCAAUAAUGCUGCCUUGCAAGAUGAAUACUAUGGAAUGUUGAAAGAGAGAAGGUACAUUACGUAGGCUUAAGUUUAAUGCUCUCCCAUAGUACACUGUAGUAUAUGUGACUUAUACCACACACAAAAUAUAAAAAAGGAACUGGUUAACAUUGUAAAGCAAGCAACAAUUGAAAUUCUAAUUUUCAUUUUAACAAAACUGACUUUAGUUUAUCUAAAAAUACAAUAUAACAAUUAAAAAAUGUAUUCUAAAGUUCCACAAUACUACAACAAAGGGGGGGAAAAUACAGAAGGUUUCCAUUCACUUGAGAAUCGACCUGAUGGUAGCUAGGGGUCUGCACAAAACUGGUUUGCCCGGUUCAAUUCAAGUCCAAACUGGACUCAAACGGAACUGGGCAUGUUUGGUUUUGUGCCCCCUAACAGACCCUCGGCUCAGCUCAAAUUCAAGCCAGUCUAGGAGUUUUAAAGUUUCCAAUUUAAAAAGCAGCAACUCCUCCUCGAAGCCGAGUCUGGCGGUCUCAGGGGGUGCUGCCGCGGCAAUGGAGGAGAGGAUAUCUCUGCCAUCUCCCCCACUCUUCCAAAGGCUCUUUCAGCCCAUUUUCAGGGUGUUCGGGCCCCGCAUGUGCCCUGGCCAUUUCUGUUGUCUGAGUUGGUAUCAUCUAGCCCACAUUUGAGUUUGCUAACCAAAAUAUCACAGGGAACUUUGUCAAAUGCUUUGUUGAAAUCAAGAUAAAUGACAGCAAAGCAUUCCCACAAUCCACUAAGCUAGUAAACAGAUUUUUUUUUUUAAAGGAAGAUAAUGUUAGUUUGGCAGAUAACUGAACCUAUUUUGGUUCUUGGAUUUAGGAGUGUGAUUAAUUAACUGCUUUUUAUUUUAAUAUGACAAAGCAAAAAAUUCUUUACAGCCAUUAUUUUAGAUUAUACUAUGAAACUGUAAUAAGAAAUUGUGUUAAAAUCAAGUUUGGCAUUCCUAAAAUAUUAUUAGAUUAUGUGUGCAUUGUGCUUACUAUUCCAAAGUACAUCUCUUUUGGACGGUAAGCAGCAGAAAACAAUGUUGCUAUUUAAAAAUAAAAAUCACCCUAAAACAUAUAUAUCAGAAUUACUGAGAUAUAUCAAAUGUGUGGUAUAAGGUAUUUUUAUAUAUAAAGCAACAUAAGCAUUUUGUAUUUUAUUUGUUGUACUAAUGUUUAAUAAUGACCAAAGUGCAUUUUGGGUUUGGUGUGUGUGUGUGUGUGUGUGUGUGUGUGUGUUUCCUUCCAUGGAAUGUAUUACUGGAGCUUUAAGAACAUACUAUGUCUAGUUUCAUGUUAAAAAAAAAAAGGUUUGGCUCUAUGAUCUGUUCUUCUUCCUUUGUUGUCUGCUGUUGGGGUUGUGUUUCACAAUUAAGUAUAUUUUAUAGGGUGUCUUUUUCCAAAAUAUGGUACAGACCUACACGAAACUAAAUUUUGCACAGAAUAUAUUUUUUUGGGGGGGGGAAGCAGGAGUUGUGUAGAAGUAAAACAUGAUUCUCCAUUUCCACAGUCUGCUUCUGUCCUUUUUGUUUUUUAAAGGACAAACAACUGUUUUGAGAAUGAAGAUUUUUUUUUAGACACUUAAAUGUUGACUCUGAUCUUGUUAGAGUAUCAAUUUGAGGUCAAGGGAAAAGUUUGAUUGUAACUGUUUUAUACCUCAACAACUAGCAAUAUGCUGGAUUGUCGCACUAAUUAUGGCAGAGUGGAAACCUUCAAAUGAGGGCUUGCAAAUAUGAAAAUAAAAGCAGGUAUAUUCAGA